UGUCUUUUACAUAUAUAUGCGAGCGAACCGUCCCAUGCACUCUGCUCUGCUCUGUUCCGUCACUCACUCUCAUUCUCGAUUCCUUGGCGAUGGCGGUUCCCGCGCAAACCAGCGAGGCUAACGCAUGGGACGCAAUCCUACGCCAAACGAAGGUGGCCGUGGAGGCCAACACCGAUCCCAACGCCUGGGCCUCCGAAGUCACGUCCACGCUUCGCUCCGCCGCCAUUUCCCUCCCUUCCGUCCAACUCGCUCACUGCCUCGUCUCUCACUUCUUUUGGGACAACCACUCCGCCGCCGCCUGGAAGCUUCUACACACCGCCACCUCCCUCAACCUCCUCCCUCGCUCCCUCCUCAUCGCACUUCUCUCCUUCACGGUUGUUCCAAGCAGACAGGUCUACCCUAUUGCUUACAGACUUUAUAUGGAACUCCUCAAGGAACUUGGCCUUAUGCUUGAACAAGAUAUCAGUUCUCCAAACUAUGAAAAGAUUAUGAAAUCCAUUGAUGAUGUUCUUCAGCUUUCUCAAGUAUACAGUCAAAAGUUGUGGGAGCCAGGAGUUGUUCUGGUUGAAUUUGUCUUUUCAAUUGUAUGGCAGUUACUUGAAGCAUCAUUAGAUGAUGAAGGGUUACUAGAUCACACUACAGAGAAUAAGCCUAGAUGGAUAAUCAGGUCAGAUUAUAUGAAUAUCGAUGGAUCAUUAGAUGAUAAAAAGAAAACUGAACACACGGAAGGGUUUCAGAAGAAAAAUACAGCAAUGGCUAUCGAAAUCAUUGCGGAGUUUUUUCAACACAAAAUGACUUCAAGGAUCCUUUCAUUAGUUCAUCGGAACAUGUCAUCACAUUGGGGGUCUUUCAUUCACCAAAUGCAGCUGCUUGUAUCAAACUCUUCAGUUUUUAGGAAUUUGAAACAUAUUACUGCAAAGACCCUUUUGCUUUUGACGCAAAAUAUCCAUGAGGUUGUUCCUCAUGAGUUCAAAACAAAAUCUAAGAGGGAGACUAAUGUGGUCAUACCUGCUUGUUCCCAAAUGUCUUUUGCUAGUCAAUCUUAUGGUGAUAGUUGGUCUUCGCUCUGGCUUCCUAUUGAUCUUAUCCUGGAAGAUGCUUCGGAUGGAGGGCAAGUGGCAGCAUUUAGUGCUGUUGAAAUUAUUACUGGUUUGGUGAAGACUUUACAUGCAGUUAAUGGCACUACGUGGCACAAUACAUUUUUGGGUUUAUGGGUUGCAGCACUGCGUCUUGUUCAAAGGGAGAGGGAUUCAAGAAAAGGUCCUAUGUCUCGCCUUGAUACCUGCAUGUGUAUGCUACUGGGCAUUACAACCCUAGUGGUAACUCAUAUUAUUGAAGAAGAGGAAGGUCAACUGAUUGAAGAAGCUGAACACAGCCCUACAAAUCAAGGGAAAGAUCAGCAAGCUCUAGGGAAGUGUCGAGGUGAAUUGAUUACCAGCUUACAGCUAUUGGGUGAUUAUGAAUCCUUACUGACUCCACCUCAGUCUGUUAUUGUGGAAGCCAAUCAAGCUGCUGCCAGAGCUAUUAUGUUCUUAUCGGGAAACCCUGUUGGUAGUGGAUACUUCGAAUAUAUGAGCACGAAUGACAUGCCAAUGAAAUUUUCUGGAAACUUACGGCAUCUAAUUGUUGAGGCAUGUAUUGCAAGAAAUCUACUUGAUACAUCAGCUUAUUAUUGGCCUGGCUAUGUGAAUGCAUGCAACAAUCAUAUUCCAUGGAGCAUUUCUAAUCAUGUGUCUGGCUGGUCUUCGUUGAUGGAGGGAUCACAGCUAACUCCUGCAUUGGUUAAUGUCUUAGUUGCAACUCCAGCUUCCAGCUCAGCAGAGAUUGAGAAAAUAUAUGAAAUUGCAACCAAUGGUUCAGAUGAAGAAAAGAUAUCUGCUGCUACCAUUCUGUGCGGUGCAUCUCUUGUACGUGGGUGGAGUGUACAGGAGCAUACUGUUCUUUUUAUCACAAAAUUGCUCUCGCCACUAGUUCCUCCUACUUUCUCUGGGGUCGAAAGCCAUUUGAUCAGCCAAGCUCCAUUUUUAAACGUUCUUCUUAUUGGAAUUUCGUCUAUUGACCGUGUUCAUAUAUUUUCGUUAUAUGGCUUGGUUCCAUUACUUGCGGCAGGACUAAUGAUAAUAUGUGAGGUUUUUGGAUCAUGUGUUCCUGAUGCCUCUUGGACUCUUGCAACCGGGGAAAAACUCACUCAUUGGGAGGUAUUCUCUAAUGCAUUUACUCUUUUGCUGAGGUUCUGGCGGUUUGAUCAUCUACCUGCUGAAACAGUGAGGGGGGAGGNUUCACCAUUUGGAUCACUAUUUAGUCCUGACUGCCUUUUAUUAGUUCGAAACUGUAAAUUGGCAUCAUAUGGAAGAAUGGCAAAAAAUCGACAGAGGCUCAAAAGAUGGUCAAAAAUUUUAAGUCUUUCUGUAGAACCUGUAUUUAUGGAUUCCUUUCCAAAAUUAAACUUUUGGUAUCGGAAACAUAAAGAAUGUAUUGCUUCAAUCCGCCCUGGUCUUGUGCCUGGAGAGCCUGUUCAUCUGCUCGUUGAUUCUCUACUAAGCAUGAUGUUUAGGAAGGUAUGCAAUGGUGCCGAACCUUUGACACCUACGACUUCAGGAAGCAGCAGUUCAUCUGGGCUUGCAUUGGAUGAUGCUUUAAUGAAAUUAAAAGUGCCUGCCUGGGAUAUCCUCGAAGCUAUUCCCUUUGUGCUGGAUGCUGCUCUGACAUCUUGUGCUCAUGGGAGACUCUCUACCCGUGAACUGGCUACAGGCCUCAAAGAUCUAGCUGAUUUUCUUCCAGCUUCUUUGGUUACCAUUGCAAGCUACUUUUCAGCUGAAGUUACGCGGGGCAUAUGGAAGCCAGCUUUUAUGAAUGGAACUGACUGGCCCAGCCCUGCUGCAAAUUUAUCCCUUGUUGAGGAACAGAUAAAGAAAAUGUUGGCAGCCACUGGUGUCGAUGUCCCAAGCCUUGCUGUAGAUGGGAACUCUCCAGCUACACUUCCUUUGCCUUUGGCAGCUUUUGUUAGCCUCACAAUAACAUAUAAGCUUGACAAGGCCGCUGAACGAUUCCUUGCACUGAUUGCCCCUGCUAUGAGUGCCCUUGCUUCGGGUUGCCCCUGGCCCUCCUUGCCCAUUGUGACGUCUUUGUGGAUCCAAAAGGUGAAGCGUUGGAGUAACUACUUUGUACUUUCUGCCUCCAGAAAUGUUUUCCACCAGAACAGGGAUGCUGUAGUUCAACUACUAAAAAGUUGCUUCACCUCCACCCUUGGCCUUGGCUCUGGCUGCAUUUAUAAUAAUGGCGGUGUCAGUGCCCUCCUUGGUCAUGGCUUAUUUUCCCAAAUAUCCGAUGGGAUCUCUCCAGUUGCUCCAGGGGUUCUUUACCUAAGAGUGUACCGCUCUAUUGGAGAUAUCACGUUAUUGAUUGAAGAAAUUGUGCCUAUUCUAAUGCUUUCAGUUACAGAUAUAGCAACUAGUGAUUUGGCCAAGGGGGGUGUAAAGAAACCAAAGAAAACCAAGUUUGGGAUAAAUCAUGGGCAAGUUUCUCUUGCCAGAUCCAUGGCACGUGUCCAGCAUGCCGCUCUACUCGGGGCCUCACUGGUUUGGAUAUCAGGUGGACCAAAGCUGGUUCAAUACUUGAUAAGCGAGAUUCUGCCUUCCUGGUUUUUAUCAGCUACCAUGUUGGAGCAGGAUGGUGGAGAAUCUCGAGUUAUGGUUGCCAUGCUCAAAGGUUAUGCACUGGCAUUUUUUGUUUUUCUUAGCGCAGCAUUUGCCUGGGGUAUUGACAAUUCGCUUUCACCAAAACGAAGGGCGAAGGUUGUUGGGUUGCAUUUGGAAUUUCUGGCAAGAUCCCUUAACAGGAAUAUAUCACUGCGUUGUCAAUGUCAUUGUGUUGCUUCGAAAGCCUAUAUAUCAGGGUUAGUUAGUUUGAUGGUAAGUCGCGCUCCAUCUUGGGUCCAGGAAGUCGAUGUGAACUUGUUGAAGAGACUGAGCUGGGGAUUAAGACAGAUAGAUGAACAUGAGUUGGCUCUUCGCCUUUUGGAAAUCGGAGGUAUCGGUGUCAUGGGUGCAGCAGCUGAAAUGAUAAUUGGAUUUCAAUAUAUAUAUUAAAUCUAUCUGAACUGACCAUCUGGCAAAAAAUACACCUAUUAAUAAAUUCUUUAAUUCGUUAAAGUGGUGAUAAAUUUAUUAGAUUCGUUAAACUAUUGGGCUUUCUUCAAUCAGUAGAAGUUAAAAGUUACUUAAACCAAAUAGACUAGAAAGAUUGAUCAGGGUGGUUAUCAUCAUAUGCAUCAAAUAGAAGAAUGCAAACACCAUCUUUGCAAUGAAUUUGUCUACAUUAAUCGAUUAUAGUUAAAAACACAAGAAAACAUUUUCAAUUUAUCAUGAUGGAAUACUUUUAUUUUGCACAUUUCGUAUUAGGUGUGUCAUGUGCCGGUUUUUCCUCAAGCUGUCCCUAACGAUAUUUUUAUUAGAAUGUAUUUUAUUUUUUGUGGAUGAUAUAUGUAAGAAAACAUUUAUGUGAUUAUCGUAAGCACCAACUGCAUGCAACUUCAUUGUUGUAAUUCACUAAUUGUUAGUCUUCAAUUUUGUAUGGUGUAAGCAUCAAAAGACUAUUGCGAGCAUCCCCUGAACCCGACGAUAAUCUGUUUACGAUGGACUUUGCACGGGAGGUGAAUGCAUGCAUUGAUACAAGAGAUUCCUUCAGAACAGGGUGGAGUACAGAAUGGUCCAGGGGUAUGCUGGAUCAAUCUACAGUAUUUUUUACCUUGUAAAAUUUAAUAAAACAAACAUUGAAUUAAA